AUGACGACUGCCGUGGUUCAUGUGUCUGGAUAUUCCAAGCCUAAAGGUCGCAAGGAUGCUCAGAUGUGUUAUAUGGUUUAUUGGGGAAUUGACCAUCCAAACAGUCAUGAGGCUGUAGUCGAAGGAUAUUUAAAUGAGGAUCAUGUGGAGCUUUUUGCAGCUAGAGUGGCUAUAAGAACGGCGGCCAAACAGAAAUACUCUAGGAUCAUGAUCCGCUGUGACUCCCGUUUUGUUUAUGAUCAAAUCAAAAACUCGGCCAACUUCGCGAGAGCUCCGCAAGAAAUCCUCCGCUUGGUCGCAUCGAUUCACCACUUCAAGAAGCAGAUUCUGAUGCACAACACUUUCCAAAUGCACCAUCCUUCUAAUACCGUCUACGACCCAACUCUGAGAGUUCAUAAUACCUAUCCAGUUUACGGAUAUCAGCAGAUGAUGCCAGUUUAUCAACCGAUUCAGCGGAAAGAAAUUCAAGUUCGGUUGAAGAAUCAAGAUCAAUGGAGCUAUCUGCAUAAAUCUGGAGGAGGAAACGAGAUGAUGCUGAAAAUCAACGGAAAACCGCUGUUCCCAAAGAUUCAAUGCGACGUACAAAACCUAGAUGCGUCCAGAGACUACGAUAUUGGUAUAAAAAUGGCUCUUCGCAAUCCAAAACAAUUCGUUCAUGACAAAAAUACAGGAUGGAUUCCCGAUGAGAAUUCUGACGUAGUACCUGACAAGGAAUCCAAUGAAGUGUUCAUCCGCGAGUCUGGAGCAAAUCUCAUAAGGCGUGGCAUUGAUUUUGGGUACGUCAAGAUCUACAACGAUAAAAUUCUGAAGGCUAACGAGUGCAAAGUCAAUCUGAGAUGUCUCCACAUUCCCGUCAUUACCAUCUACGAGGAUGACCGUAAAACCGUAAUCCGCCAAUUCCAGUUCGAGGAGACCCAGUUUUUGGCGGUUUCGGAGUACAAGAACAAGGUUGUCAGACAAUUCAAGAUCCAAAACGACAAGUGUGUACCUGGUAUCUACCGGAAAGCACCAGGUUCUGAACAAGAGGAAACAUCGGAAGAAGCUCCAACUAAAAGAAGCCGAAAAAGAGCUGCGAAGGUUCCAGUUGCUGAUUCCAAGAAGUUCAAAGGAUCUCAAGAUGCUUCUCCUGGAUCUCCGGUCAAUUUAAUGGUCUCCACCUCUUCUGGAUCCGUUCAAAAUGCCAUUGGAUCUCAACAGUCGCUGAAUUCCACAAACACUUCGAUUUCCUCCAACAUGACAAGGCCUUCGAUGACUCCUCCGAUGACUGGAAAUCCAUCUGUUGUCUUCAAUAUGUCACAAGCAUCGACGUCAUCUGGAGUCGCUCAAAAUUACUUUGAAUAUGGAUACGAUUUUUCGAGUACUUCAUCUUCUUCUCCAGAAAGUCUCAACCGUUUCUCGACGUCUCCUCCAAUGACUUUCGAUGAGAAUCAGGAUCCAAUUGUCAACUACAGUAAUCCAAUGGAUACCAAUUGCUUUGGAAACGAAUACAACAACGUCUAUCCCAUGCAGAUGAAUGGAUUCGACUUCAAUGCUCCACCAAAUCCAUACCCAUUCGAUUUCAACAAUGAUUACAUAUUUUAA